AUGCUGCUGUGGGUGGCCGUCGUGGGUGGCGUCAUCUCCUUUAUUCUUGCAUGGGCUUUGGGAGCCAACGACGUGGCCAACGCCUUCGGUACCUCGGUGGGGUCCAAGGUGCUGAGCCUGCGCCAGGCGAUCGUCAUUGCCGCCAUCGUGGAGUUCGCCGGAGCUGUCCUGAUGGGCAGCCACGUCGUCGACGCGUUGCGGAAGGACAUCAUCAAGCCGUCGCUCUACGCCGACAAUCCCGAGGAGCUGAUGGUGGGCAUGCUCUCGGCCCUCAUUGCCGCAGCCGCAUGGCUCGUGCUGGCCACUUUCCUCAACCUGCCCGUCUCGACCACCCACGGCAUGGUCGGCGCCAUUGUGGGAUUCACGCUGGUGGCCAAGGGGUUCGACGGCGUCGAGUGGUGGCAGAUCGGCAAGAUCUGCAUCUCGUGGGUGACUUCGCCCGUCCUCGCGGGUCUGCUGUCGUUCACCAUGUACUUCCUGGUUCGCUUCUUCAUCCUGCGGAGAAGCAAUUCCCUCACGCUGGGGUUCCGCUUCCUGCCCUUCUUCUACGCCCUCACCCUCGGCGCCCUCACAUUCUUCAUCAUCUACAAGGGUUCGCCUGGACUGGGCCUCGACGGAUUGGCUCUCUGGUUGAUCGCACUCCUGUGCGGCGGGGUGGCACUGGCGGCCCUGCUCUUCUGCUUCGUCAUCGUCGUGCCCUACCUGCGGGAUCGGAUCAACCGCUUGUUCGACGAAAGCGGCGAGCGAAGAAUCCUGCAGCACACUUCUACCACCACCAGCAGCAGCACGGAAGGUUCAUCGGUUUUUGCCUUCGCGAGCCCCUACGCCUACUUCCGGCGUAUAUGGAACAAACUCCGUCCUGGCCGCGCUGUCGAGGUCAGCGAAGACGUGGAUUCCGAGAAGAAAGCGCUGAGCGUGGAAGAGACAAUCCUGGCCGACGACAGCGAGAAAGAGGGCGAUGAUGGCCCCGAUGCCAACGAGGAGAUGUAUGCCCACAGCGAGGUAUUCGACGAGAGGACCGAAGAGUUGUUCUCCUUCUUGCAGGUGUUGACGGCAUGCGUGGGUGGCUUCGCGCAUGGAUCAAACGACGUGUCCAAUGCAAUCGCGCCGUUCGUGGUCAUCAUCUCCAUCUACCGCAGCGAAGACGUUUCGCAGGAUGAGGAUACGCCGUGGUGGGUGUUGGUGAUGGGCGGAGCAGCAAUCGUGCUGGGCCUAGCCAUGUGGGGCUACCGUGUGAUGGCCACCGUGGGCCACAACAUGACCAAGCUCACCUCCUCCCGAGGCUUCAACAUUGAGUUUGGUGCUGCGAUGACGGUGCUGAUUGCGAGCAGGCUCUCCAUCCCCAUCAGCACCACCCACUGUGUGGUGGGCUCCGUGUUUGCCGUGGGACUGGCCGACGGGAUAAAAGCCGUCAACUGGCGACUGUUCAUAAAUAUCGUACUCAGCUGGGUAAUCACUCUCCCCAUUACGCUUGGGCUUGCCGCUGCCACCUUCGCCCUGCUUGACCUGUUCUACUAA